AUGUCCAAUGGGAGGGCACUACGUCAUAUCCUGUCAGCUGUCGCUUCCGGGUGCGGUGAAGCUGCGGAGUAGUGUCAGCUCAGAGCACUUAGAUCACUUUUAAAAGGAUAGCACGAAGAUCGCGGAGACAACAUUUGUAAAGUUAAAGAAGAGGAGCAUAUUCGCUGUGAUCAUGAUCCCCCGGGUGGAUAACAUGGAUUGUAACCAGUCCCAAGGUCGAUAACAAACCACAGGUUGGAAUUAACUCUACACCAAGCUCAGUGGGAUCCAUUGCAGUCUACUUUUCCUGCUUUUGCCGAGAAAGCACUUAAGUUACAGUAUCCUGAGUGGAUGAAGAAACCCGUUAGAAAGGUCUUCCUUGUUUUUGUCAGUUUUCCUUUGACUUCAGUCAGUUCAACAGUGAAGGAUGAAUGGCCUCUCUCUCAGUGAGCUCUGUUGCCUCUUCUGUUGCCCACCAUGCCCCAGUCAGAUUGCCUCAAAGCUGGCCUUCCUGCCCCCGGAGCCCACCUACACAUUUCUAUCAGACCUGGACAGCGGCUCUACGGCCCCGGGGACUGUAGGACACAGGGCAACCACAGCAACUGAGGAGAGAUGGAAGCUGCACCUCACAGACAGAGCGGAGUUUCAGUAUUCACAAAGAGAGCUGGAUAUGACAGAAGUGUUCUUAACUCGAUCUAGCAGAGGCAACAAAGUCGCCUGCAUGUACAUUCGCUGUGCUCCUAAUGCCAGAUUCACCGUGCUAUUCUCUCAUGGUAAUGCAGUUGACUUGGGUCAGAUGAGUACUUUCUAUAUCGGACUGGGCACUCGGAUAAACUGCAACAUCUUCUCCUACGACUAUUCUGGUUAUGGCGUCAGCACUGGCAAACCUUCGGAGAAGAACCUGUAUGCAGACAUUGAUGCUGCCUGGCACGCACUCAGGACAAGGUAUGGGAUCAGUCCAGAGAACAUAAUCCUGUAUGGACAGAGCAUUGGGACAGUCCCCACAGUGGACCUGUCCUCCAGAUACGAGUGUGCUGCUGUGGUCCUGCACUCUCCUCUCACUUCAGGAAUGAGGGUUGCUUUUCCUGAUACCAAGAAAACCUACUGCUUUGAUCCCUUCCCGAGCAUUGAGAAGGUUUCCAAAAUCACCUCUCCGGUGCUGAUUAUCCACGGUACAGAAGACGAGGUGAUAGACUUCACCCAUGGACUGGCCUUGUUUGAGCGCUGUCCCAAAGCCGUGGAGCCGCUGUGGGUGGAGGGGGCGGGGCACAAUGACAUUGAGCUGUACAGCCAGUAUUUGGAGCGAUUGCGGAGGUUUAUUGGACAGGAAGUGGCCGCGCAGCACACCUGAUGCCACACACCAGCAUUAUGAUAAAUGUUAUGUACCAGGACAUUUCAAGUCCAUUAUGACAGGAAAUGGUUUAGUGGGUUAGAAUGUGUCCCGUAAGCGGAAUUUAUUGAGCUGCAAAAUGAGCUAUUUUCUCAUUGUUCAAGUAGAUGGACACACACUAUGGGGUUUAUGUCCUUUUAUUAAAGGGAACUGCACAAUUGAAAAGAAAUCAUGAACACUUGGAAGUGCAACGGAAAGCUUUAAUAAGCUUCUUUAUGUGUACAACCAUAGUUAUUGAAUUUAUAUGGGACACAGUAGACCUGUUUAUCUCUUAACUUUCACACAUUUAUACAGUUAAGUAUAAAAAGGUCGUAAUGGGUUGGGCACAAAAUAUUGACAAAUUAUGAUGAUAAUUUCGUGUCUAUUUUGUCAAACUAAACUUUCUCAGGUACCUCUAACAUAUUGUACUCAGCUUUAAAUGUUCAGUGUGAUUUGGUAAAUGUUUUAACGGUUUCCUUCUCAUCCUGUUAUGUUUUAUCCGCAUUAUUAAGUAUUUAAACCACUUGCAGGAUCCAUGCAGCAGUUGUUUUAUAUCCUUUGAAUGGAACAUUUAGAGAUUAUCGUCUUGCAGCAGUUUCAAAUUUUCAAGAAGCUUUUUGUUGUUGUUAAGCGAAUGUAUUUGGAAGAAGCACAUAUGUUUCUCUUUACAUUGCUUUGAAUUGUACAUUUUAGUUACUUUGCAUCGUGUAAGCAUUAUACUUUACAGGUAAAACUGAAUUUCUUUCCUUUAUAUCUGUCACCAUGGCAACGCACGAGUGACUGCAUGGUGAUGGUUUGUGCGCUUUCUCCUUAUCAAAUAUUUAUUUUGUUUUGUUUAUUUCCUUGAGUAAGAUCCAUUACAUUUCCUUCUGCAACGCAACUAUUACAGAAAGUGCAGAAGUUCAAAGAUAAACCCCAUAAAAUUACAAUGUUCUGGUGUUGCUUCAUCUUACAGCAGUCAAAUCUUCAGGGCGAGUAACAAGUCUUAAGACACGUCAUGAAUGUCAGAGCAGUAACUUUGAAGUCUCUGUUGUUUACUUGUAUUAACCAAAGUGAAAUAGGGCCUUAGUCUUAGUCUGUAACUCACAUCUUCAUUCAUUAUAAGCUACAAAUGCUACAUUGUUUGUAGUAUGUGACCAUGUUAGUUGGUUUUGAUUUGACUUGUUAAGGAUUUUAACAAAAACUAAGACCAUUUUACAUCAUGCUUUACUAUCAGAAAACACUACAAAAGAGUUGUUUACCAUCUCACUCCUUCAAACUUUUAAAGGCAGGUAUGUGUAUCAAUUCUUGUUAUACAUUUGUACAUCAUCGUUUUUAAGUCAUGAAUUUUACUGAACAGACAAUAAAUAGUUAAUAAAACU